AUGGCUUCCACAUCAGCAGCCAUAGCAACAGCAACAGCACUUCGGACGGCCAAGCGCCAGCUGCGCAAAUCCAUGGCGCAGAGACUGGCAGCUAUGCGACCGGACGAGAUUGAUAACCAGUCGCAAAAGGUGGCCGAGCAGGUACUUGCAUCGCAGACGUAUGCUUGCGCUCGUUCGAUCAGCGUAUACAUCCACAUGGAUGUGGGAGAAGUGGCUACCGACCAAAUCUGCCGAUCUGUGCUCAAAGACGGCAAGCGACUCUACGUGCCUCUGUUUGCCUCGUCCGCCGCGCCUGCAGCGGCAAAAGGGCCGACGGUGCCGUCAGCGUCCGUAGAUGUCAAGACCGAGUUCGCGACGGACAUGAUCAUGCUCAGACUGCGUGAUGUAGUAGAGUACGAGUCUAUGGAGCCCAACAGGUGGGGGAUCCGUGAGCCGCCAUUGACCUAUGCUGAUGGGACCAUUCGAGAGGAAGCACUCGAUGAGACAACGGGUGGAGAUGGGCUCGACCUCAUCCUCGCGCCUGGUGUUGCUUUCGACCAGACCGGCGGCCGGCUGGGGCACGGUAAAGGCUACUACGACCGAUACCUCCUCCGCGCCCAAGAAUGGGCGAAUCGACGUGGUGUACCGGCCCCCGUAACCGUGGCGCUGGCAUUACGACAACAGGUGCUUCCCUCCACCGAGCGUGUUCCUACCGACGAGCGAGAUCGCGUCCUUGACGGUAUCAUUUCGCCCGACGGCACCAUCCUACCACCCACAUCCUCGCGGUGGUGUCCAUGA